CAUGACCCGCAGAACUCAAAGAUGAGUUGGAGCUCAGUCGGCUUCAGCUUUAUCAAUAUUUUCUGGUCUUUCCUGGCUUUGUGUUUCCUCGUAGCAUUGGGUGCUCACACAAUCUCGAGAAAUCGCGAAACAUGUCGUCUUUACGUGUUAUUUCAGGAUCUUAUUCGUUACGGAAAAACCAAACAAAACCUCAAACGGGACGACUGGCUGCGUGUGUUUGACGUCCCUAAGAGGUGGUUCUGGCACUUUUAUGCCGUCUCUGUUUGUUGGAAUGGUCUCCUUCUGGCCUUGUACCUGAGAUUCAUAUUUCAGCAUCAGUCACAUCCGUCCUGGCUAACAGGGAUAUUAGACGCGUUGACAGGUGUAACAAGCACUGAUAGCCGAGUCCCACAGCUGUCUACUAUCCUGGUGCAGCUGCUCCUCUGGGCCCACUCCCUCAGGAGGCUGCUGGAGUGUCUGUUUGUCAGUGUUUUCUCUGAUGGAUCCAUGCAUGUGGUUCAGUAUGCCUUCGGUCUGGGGUAUUACAUCGUGUUGGGGCUGACGGUGCUCUGCUCAGAUCAUGUGGGAAAAGGGGCCGGCACCCUUCUCUCUCAGCUGGACUGGUUUCACUUGGUUGGAUUUGCACUUUUCAUCGCGGCCUCACUGCUGCAGCAUCAGUCCAUGGUCCUACUGGCCGGGCUUCGCAUCGGAAAGUCAGGGACAGUGGAGACACUGGCUCAUAGAGAGCCAAAGGGAGGCUGGUUUGAGCUGGUUUCGUGCCCACAUUACUUUGCUGAGCUGCUGAUCUACAUCUCACUGAGCGUGGUUUUCGGAGGCCUGUCACUGACCUGGUGGCUUGUUGCCCUUUAUGUGCUCUUCAACCAGUCACUGGCAGCACAGCUCUGUCAUGACCUUUACAUUAGCAAAUAUGAGUCAUACCCAAGACAUAGAAAAGCAUUCAUACCUUUUGUAUUUUGAAUAGUUGUCAUCAGUAUGUCUUGUUAUUCUGUUCUGGAAACAGUAAACUCCUCGACAGAUGUCUGACACAUCUGAGGAUCUGAAUGUGCAGGAAUAAAACUCACCUCUCUCUCAGCACUGACUGAUAAAAUGCUCUCGAAGCUGCUCGGUAGCUAACAGGACAACAUCAGAUGUAGCUGAGAGCUCCCAGGUGUGAAUGUGAGGUAUAUCAGGAGUGUUCUUCCACAGCAUAUGUCUCUCCAGGCGAAAGGUGGGCUGUUUCUUAGAGACUGAAACAGUUCAUUAGAGUAAGAUCUUGUUUUUGUUUUAAGCACUGUCACGUAAUAAUAUGUUUCCUCUGCCUAUAUUUUUUUAAUAUAUAUAAUUCUGAACUGCAAAAUAAGAUCAAGUUUGAUGUACAUAAGCACAAUACUCAAUAAAAAGAAAACUGAG